UUUGGCCCCGCCUUGCAUGGCUACAGGAAGCGCCUCCACUUUACCAGAGUGUUUAGAAAAAAGAAGUAAGGCCGAAGUUAAAUCGAAUGAUUUGAUCGAAGACAUCCGCAACAGUUUCUGCCAGUUUGGUGUAAAAUCUGUGUGACCUACCUCGAAUGUGGUUUGAUAAGAAGAACCAAGUGAAAAACAUGAUUUCGUUCAUGCACUAAAUGUAGCAGUAUAGCCUGCUAACGUUAAAUAAAACGUGAAGACACGUGGGAGCCUGUGCUGUGUGGUUGACCACUGGAAUGUCUUGUUGACUGAAAUCUUGUCUCAUUGAAUAUCAGACCAUGGCCCAGGGCAGUGGGGUCCAGUACGAGCCAGUGGCAGAGAUUGGAGGGGGUGCGUACGGAACGGUGUACAAGGCUCGGGACCUGGAGAGUGGCCAGUUUGUUGCCCUGAAGAGUGUUCGCGUCCAGACGGACCAAGAUGGCCUCCCUAUCUCCACGGUCCGAGAAGUGGCCCUGCUGAAGAGACUGGAGCAGUUUGAUCAUCCCAACGUGGUCAAGCUCAUGGACGUGUGUGCCACCCUGAGGACAGAUCAGGAGACUAAAGUCACCCUGGUAUUUGAACACGUGGACCAGGACCUGAAGACCUACCUAGAGAAGGCCCCCGCCCCAGGACUGCCCCCCAGCCACAUCAGAGACCUGAUGCGUCAAUUGCUGUGUGGCCUGUCAUUCCUACACUCGAACCGUGUGGUGCACCGGGACCUGAAGCCAGAGAACAUCCUGGUCACCAGCCGUGGUCAGGUUAAGCUGGCCGACUUUGGACUGGCCAGGAUCUACAGUUGCCACAUGGCCCUUACCCCUGUGGUGGUGACUCUGUGGUACAGGCCUCCUGAGGUCCUGCUCCAGUCCACCUACGCCACGCCGGUGGACAUCUGGAGCACGGGCUGCAUCUUUGCUGAGAUGUUCCGACGCAAACCGUUGUUCUCUGGAGACUCUGAAAUGGACCAACUGGGAAAGAUAUUCAAUGUGAUUGGCCUGCCACCCAUGGAGGAGUGGCCUGCUGAUGUCACCCUCUCACGACACAACUUCAGUCCUAUCAGCCCCCGCCCAAUCACAGACUACGUUCCUGAGAUCAAUGAGCAGGGGGCAGAGCUGCUUUUGAAAAUGCUAACCUUUGACCCUCUAAGAAGAAUCUCUGCCCUAAACGCUCAAGAACAUCCUUACUUCCAGGAGGAUGAGGAGGAAGUGACAAAUGGUUGAAAUGCAGUGAAUGACGUCGAAGGAUGGGACCGUGAGGAAUGGUUCACAUCAACUUGGAGAAGUGAGGAAUGAAAGGACUGUAGAGUACAAGCCAAGCUCUUGAAUCAUGACAUUUUAAUAGGAAAGUUGUAGCGGAGAAGGAAACAUUAAGGUUCAACAAGUAAUCAAGUCCACAGUGAGUUGAAAGGCAGGUACAACAGUAGAAGGAACAAGUGUGAGAGAUAAGGACAGUCCUAAAUGACAUCCUAUUCUGUGUAUAGUGCACUACUUUUGACCAAGGUCCAUAGAGCUCUGGGCCCGGUUUCACAAUAGCAAUGGAACUGAUCCACUGUUUACAUCCUCACAUAUUACACAUAUGUGAUCUUCAGAUCUUGCCCCGCUAAUGAACGGACAAGUUUGGUGUUUGUAACGCAAGAUGGAGGAGAGAUAGUAAAAUAUUACCUUUUCAUUCAAUAUUGUUUCAGGUGAUAACAUGUUUUACAUUUUUUUCUCAACUUCUUUCUUUACCUUUUAUAGCAUGUCAAGCUAGCUUGCACUGCAGAGCAGCUAGCUUGCUAGAUAGGCUAAGUUUUAGAUACCACUGUAGCUAGCGACCUCCACCUAAUGAUUAUCCUAAAAAAAUAAACGUCAUUACCAUCAAACUUAAACGGGAGGCAACAGUCAUAUUAACUCAGCAAAAAAAGAUACACCUUUUUCAGGACCCUGUCUUUAAAAGAUAAUUCAUAAAAAUC